AAAACUUCUAGAUUCCAAGUCAUAGUCAUUUUUUUCUGGCAGACUCAUCAUUUCACCUGUCUACUUUCAGUGCUGUAGUUCCUGAAAGAUUCCAGUAACGUGACUGCAGCUAGAGAUGGGACAGAAUGAAGAAAAUAUUAACAUGAAAGCCACUGCUAAGUGAUGAAGACACCAUCUGUCCUGUGUCAAAUGUUUGCCUGUGUCUCUUCCUACUAUGUGUGCAGUCUAUGGCUGCUUGUAGGCUUUAAACUUGGACAAUCAUCGUAUGGGUUUUGUGAAUGUUUUGCAACUUGUUGAAGGGCUUGCACUAAGGCACCAUGACUGGUCAACUAAGUGAAGAUACUUCAGAGUCUCCAAACCUAAACUCCGAUGAGCUGGAGUGCAAGAUAUGCUAUAACCGUUACAAUUUAAGACAAAGGAAACCAAAAGUUUUGGGCUGUUGUCACAGAGUAUGUGCCAAAUGCCUUUAUAAACUUGUGGACUGUGUGGAGUCUCCACAGUGUGUCAUAGUGUGCCCAUUUUGUAGGUUUGAGACACGUUUGCCUGAGGAUGAAGUCAGCAGCCUCCCGGAUGACAACAAUAUUUUACUCAACCUGGCAUGCGGUGGGAGGGGAAAGUGCUCUGGAGACAAUGCAACAGAGUUGCUGCUAACCCCAAAACGUCUUUCAACGCUGGUUACACCUUCGCACAGUUCUACAAACUGCCUGGUAAUCACUAUCAUGGAAGUCCAGAGAGAAAGUGCUCCAGCCCUCAAUGCUACUCCUGUGGUAGAGUUCUACAGGCCUUCCACAUACGAUCCUGUUUCAAUGCCUCACAACUGGACAGUGUGGAACUGUACAUCCUUAAUCUGCCAAACCUCUGUGCGUGUCUUUGUUUGGUUACUAGGUCUACUCUACUUUAGUUCCUUGCCUCUAGGGAUUUAUCUGCUAGUUUCGAAAAAGGUAACUCUUGGAGUCGUUUUUGUCAGCCUUGUCCCUUCCAGUCUUGUUAUACUAAUGGUAUAUGGCUUCUGUCAGUGUGUCUGUCACGAAUUUUUGGAUUGUAUGUCCACCUCAUAA